AAACCGAAACCAAGCCGCCACACCUAGUGCUACUAUAAGUAGGGCGUGAGUCGGGUCCAUAAUAUCUCUUAUAUAUCAUUAUCAUAAUUAUACUGGUACAUAACAUCAAUGGUAGGUUAAGGUUUGUCUAAGGAUCUCGUAGAUACAACGCUUGUCAAACCACAUGCUCGUGCCACAAGAGGAAAGUUAUUGACGAUCAAAAUCAAUCAACUAACAGUUACGUACAUUCGCGUAAUACAACUAGAGAUCGGUUUGGCAUUCAUGAUUGGUUUAUAUUUGUCAUAGUACACAACGAGCCAAAGAAAUCACACAUUAGUCAACACAACCAUAGAAGAAUGGGGGGAAACUUGUGAAUACAACUUUGGAAUUGCCGACGGUAGAGGAAUUGCAAGCAAUGAUGAGUGGCUUGAUAUGCGGAGUUUAUUGGCUGGACAAACAGAAUUGUGGUGAUUAUAAUAUUUGCGAUGAUGCUAAUAACAUGAAAUCCCCUCAAUCUUGUGCUAUAAUCCCCCAGCUAGAGAUGACUUUAAUUUCGACCCCACAUUUGGGUUGAGUGCAGAUAUUGGCAAAAAUUGCCCUCCAAAGCAUCUGGUUGGGUUGGUUGGUGCAACAAAACAUGAAUUCAUUUAAUCAGAUUGCUGGGGGGAAAGUGAAGAUUAACCCCAUGUGAUUGUGGGGUUAACUAAUUUUAUGCAUGAUCAAGAUUACAUAUUUAAUCAGCAGCUAGCUCGCUCUCCACUGCUUUUUACUUUGUUUGCUUGUCCAAUUAAUAACUCUAGUUUAAUGAUCUCUUAUUCUUGAUUUACUUAAUUGCAAAUUUGAAAUCCAUUUCCCCUUAGAUAUAUAUAUGCCAUAAAAUGAUAGAAAAUUAAGCAAUUAUCUUACCACCAGUUGUAAAUCAAGAUACAAAAUCAAAUGAAGACAAUUUUUAUAUAACAUAGUGUUUCCCUGUGAGAAACUUGCGUUGAAAAUAAAUUGAUUGCACAUUUGACUUCUUUGGACAACGAUCACUAAACACGGUUCACACCUCUUCAAACACAGUUCGAACGAGGGUGUUCGAUGUUUACACGACUCUCGAGACAGAUCUACAUUAAAUUACUCCUACUACUAUGGAGGUUCUGAGAGAGCUCCAGAUCUACGACUAUUGAUAAAAAUUUGCAGAGGAAAGAUAAGAUUGAUAAAACUUGACAAGUGGUGUCGAGUGGUAAUUUUUUCCGGGGUCUUCUCUGUCGCUCUAUCCUCUUAUUUAUAGCCUUGAGUGGGUAACUGUCGUAGAAAAAACUGCCUCGGAUAACUUCCAAAAAGAACUGCUCCCUGCUUCUUCGGAACGUGGCUGACGUGUCCUUUGAACGUGCGAUGAGUAGCAGUUAUCUCUCAACCGCCUAUGUGCCUCUCUUGAGACCGUCGUAGGAGCUUGUAGCAUGCCUCAUAUAUCACGGUCAUGGACUUCUUUACUCAUGUCCAUGGCCCUCUUGGGACUUAGUCUCUAGUGAUAUAAUAUUUCAUCCCCAUGUCAUUCUCCUUCGUGUCCAUGGCCCCUCUCGUGAGGCGGCAUGGCCUCUCAGAAUUAUCAUAUGGCAUGGCCUAUUGUUUGCACCCAUGGACCUCUCAAUCAUGGACAUGGCCUCCCUCAUGAAGCAGCAAGUCCUUCCCUAUACUUAGAAUAUUUUCGGUUGUUUGGUUUAGAUCAUGAGGCGACAUUGCCUCUUUAUUCGCGACCAUGGACUUCUCAUUCAUGUCUGUGGCCCUUUCCGUUGGACGGCAUUGGCCUCCUCAUACUUAGUAUUUUUCACGUGCCCAGGUCCUCUUGUCUCGUGUCCAUGGCCGUCACAUAUGACACGGCCAUGGACCUCUUAAUCAUCCACAUGGCCCUAUAUUCUCAUACUUAGAAUAUUUUUUAUCAUACCAGGCCUUCCUUGAGAUAGCAUGUGCUUCUUUAUUCUAGAUGGACGUGUUCUUCUUUGAUGAGGCGGCAUGGCCUCUUCCGGACUUAGUUAAAUUUUCACUCCUUUGGUCUUAUUGGUGAGGCGGCAUGGCCUCUAGAUCUCAUACGGACGCGACUCUGUUUGAUGAGGCGGCAUGUCCCUCUUUAGACUUAGUGGCUUGGGCUUAAAAUCAAUAUCCAUAAGGCCCAACUGAAACAACAUUAAUUGUUAUAAUGGGGGUGGCCUUAUAAACUCAUUAAUUAUCUUGUAACUCACCAAUGUGGUACAAGACAACUUUUUAUGGUGUAAACACAGAGACAUUGCUUUGUGUGUUAUCACAUGAGGAACCUAGAUAGCAUGAUCAAGCCCUAGAAAUCAAACCACGAGCAAGAAACCCAUCUCGCAUCAACAUCAACCUGCAAUCCCGCAUGCUACCAUCUGCUGCCCUUAGUACUAGAUUGGAAGCACAACAAAAAAAAAUAUUACGACGGACGACAGUACCAAAAUUCAACUUGAAGCCUUAGAAGGCGGAGGACAAUGGUACAAUAAAUCAUUGGGUGUGCAUUACCACUAACUAAUCACACAUUACUUCGACUUCUUCUCGUUUAUUUAUUUAUUUUAUAAAUGAAUGCAGCGCAUCUCAACAUUCAUUCAAAACCAAUCAUGGUUGGGGUGCCCCUGACAAUCAUAUACAAUGCAGUGGUAAAGUACAUAAUACAAAGUCGACAUAAAAUUAUACCCAGAAGAUGCCUGUAACUAGCUAAAUGGUCUAUACACUUGUUACAAACUUGAUAGAUGUGGGAAAGUCAGAACUUCCCAUUUUACUGAGUUAACAGCUCUUUGAAUCUGUAGAUGGCAACUGUUAGUAUGUAGUAUAUGAUCCAGAAUUGAACCUCUCCUAACAACUCGAGUUAUUGCAACCAGCUGGUUCUUGACAUGGUAUCAGAGCCUUCUGUGACCGUGAGGUCUUCUUUUCGAAUCCAGGUGACCCCGUUUGUGAAGCACAUGGGUAUCGUGUAUUCAGACCUGUGCAAACGGAAGCCUUUGUGAGGUUACUAACUUUCGUUUGAGGGGAUGUGUUAGUGAAUGAUAUGUGAUCCACGAUCGAACCUCUACCAACAACUCGAGUUAUUGUAACUAAUUUGUUCUUGACAGCAACAACCUUUCUCUCUUCCAACUGACAAGAUUCUCUCUCUUUUUAUUUGCAGGGGAAAAAUUUUGUGGUUGACUUUAAGCAGUGUGGCUGUCCCACUUCUUCCCCUUUUUAAGAGUAAAAAUUACAACCCGUACAACAUAUGAUCAUAACAUUAGCGAAUUAUUGUUUUACCAUGCUAUAGCGUAGAUGAUUCGGCCGAUUCAUUAUUUCGGUCAGUUGAGUAAGAAACAAGGAAGGAACGGAGUGCACAUUAUAUAUGCAGUACUGCAGGUGGGUUGGACCGACGUCGCUUUGGAUGCAGCCUUUGCCCCCCAGAUUUCCUGGCAAAUGUGUACUUAAUUAUGCUUAAUAAUUGAUCAAACAUUGUUUUCAUGCUGGUCUCAGUCUGCAUGCCAACCGCAGUUUGCUUAAAUCGUGAUUAUUGGAAAUGCCUGAUUUAGAGGGUCAUCAAGUUAAUUAUAUGGACUCACUCUUCCUGCAAGCAAAGAAUCCACACGGAUUUAGAGGGUCAUCAAGUAAUUAUCUCUGGGGUGCUACUUUAUAAUCCAUGUAUAGUGUACAUAGAUUAUCGCAAGUUAUACCGAACAAGUUUUACAAAUACUUAAAAUACAAUAAAAUUAUAAAUAGUUC